UAAAGUCAGCGCAUGCGCAGCGGGGCUCUUCGGUGCGCUGCUUCGGCCUGUUUCGGCACUGGCCGGACAUUUUCGCCUCUUUGUUUUACUGAUAGUGGAUUUAACUCGGAUUCAACCCAAUAUCCAGCGGACCGCUCUGGCCAUAAACAGCUGAAGUGGAGCACAGGAUGCAGAGUUAACACCACCCUGUGUCUCGCAGAAGAAGCCCGGCUGCCAGACCCUCAGCAGUAGACACAUGGCGGCAAUAGGGAACCCCGAGAUGUUAACCAGGAAGAUUAAACUGUGGGACAUCAAUGCCCACAUCACCUGUCGUCUCUGCGAGGGGUACCUGAUCGACGCCACUACGGUCACUGAGUGCUUACACACCUUCUGCAGGAGCUGUUUGGUGAAGUACCUUGAAGAGAACAACACGUGUCCCACGUGUCGGAUCGUCAUUCACCAGAGCCAUCCACUGCAGUACAUCGGCCAUGACCGAACAAUGCAAGAUAUUGUCUAUAAGUUGGUGCCAGGACUGCAAGAAGCGGAGAUGAAGAAACAGAGAGAAUUCUAUCAGAAGUUAGGCAUGGAAGUGCCUGGAGACAUCAAAGGAGAACUCUGCAACAUGAAAACCCACCUGGACUCUCAGCGUAAUGGUGACCUGAAAUCAGAGGAUCCAGCCAAUAAGGAAGCAGGAGAGGAGAAAGCAGAAGAGGACAAUGACUACCAUCGCAGUGAUGAGCAGGUGAGUAUCUGUCUGGAGUGUAACAGCAGCAAGCUCAGAGGACUCAAACGGAAGUGGAUUCGUUGUUCAGCUCAGGCGACCGUUCUCCACCUCAAGAAGUUCAUCGCAAAGAAGCUCAACCUGACAUCCUUCAAUGAGCUGGACAUCUUAUGCAAUGAAGAAAUUUUGGGCAAGGACCAUACUUUGAAAUUUGUUGUGGUAACAAGAUGGAGAUUUAAGAAAUCCCCCCUCCUACUUCAUUACAGACCCAAAAUGGAUCUGCUGUAGUUGGACAAAAACGCUUGGUUGUUUUGGCCCAGUGGCUGAGGACUGUGCUACGUGCUAUAUAUGCAGAGACCAUCAACGCCCACACCAAACAAACAAAUGCCCGUCAACACAGACACGAGCCAGCAAACAACAAAACCAGCACAGCCACUGCAACACUGGCGACUUACGGGAACAACCGCUUUUCUCUGUCUGUUUGUCCGCUAUAUGUCCUAGAUAUGUGAAAAAUUGAGAGAAAGCAUAUAUUUAUACUUUUGUAUAGAUGAGAGAAGUGGAACCCUAUUGGUGCGCUGUUUACACUAUUAAAACAAAAAAGACAAAAAAAAAAAAAAAAGGUCAUAAGAAAUGGUUUAACAUUUUUUGUACCAUUGGACUUUGUUCCCACCUCAAUUAUGGGCAAAAAGAUGGUGCUCGGUGUCUGCCGUCCUCAGUGGAAGUGUCCACUUUUACACUGCUAACCAGAAGAGAGGAGGCGUUUCAAAUUGGCCGCUCUCUCUCAGGUCUUACCCAACACUUCUCGGGAGCGCAGAGCCUUUCUAUGCUUAUAUAAAGCAGUUUAUAUGAGUGUAUUAUCUCAGAGCGGUUUCUUUCUUUACUUUCCGGCGCCGCUUCGAGUGGAAUUGUGAAUAAGCAAAUUUAUGUGUAGUAUUUAUGUUCUAUUUACCAAUAUUGUAUAUAAAAGUUGUUGAUGGAGAGAAGGGAUGAAAGAUGUAAUGAAAGUGUGUGUGAAAGACUAAAGGCUAGAGAAAUAGAGAGUGGUUUUCCAAAAGUGCUAUAUUUUGGCCUACGUUGAUGUGGCUUCAUGGAAAAGACUUAAAUGUUCAGCUAAAUUCAAGCCAGAUUGAAUCCACUGAAUUGGAUGAAUCUCUCAAAAUAUUUUCACCCCAAAAUUAAAUGGAAAAGCUUAAAGAAAAAGAAGAUUUGUUUUGGGAUGAUUAAGACUUUUUUUAUAUAUAUAUAUUUUGACAUAAUUUUCAUGACAAUUACACAAAUCUCUCAGUCAUUACCAUAAUGCAUCUUUAUUGUUAUUCUCAUUCUCAACACAGUUUCACAUUACUUUAAUACAGAUAUUUUUCACUGCAUUACAGUUAAGAAAACUGCAGUUUUUUAAUCAUUAUUUGCAGCACAUCUUAAAGUCAGUACAAUUUAUACAAUUGUGUGAUGUAUAAAUAAAAUUUAAAUAAUAUAUCAAUUUUUUUUUUUUUCAUUUUUAUGGUAUUACGGUAAUGAGAAGUUUUGGAGAAAGUGUAAUGAAAAUAAUGUGACAAUGCAAAAAAUCUUAAUGGUCAUAAAAAAACACUGUAUUUUCUUUAAUAAUAAUUUCCUAAAUUAAUUCCAAUAAUAAUGAUAAUAAUCAUUAUUAUUAUAAAAAGUUAUUUAACUAGAGCUACGUAUUUCCAUUUGAUUUUGAGGUAAAAUUUGACCCACACAAUUUGACAGGUUUCAUGGGAUUCACCCUCUCAGUACAUCUCUUUUCAGUGGUGCAGACUUUUCGUGAUGCAAAAAGCUUAUAUUUUGGUCAGACGUUUAAGUGUCUAAUUAAAUGCAGCAGUUUAAAAAAAAAAAAGGUGCUUUUAAUCAUUUGAUCCUCACAAAUGCUAAUUUGCAGCUCUAGAAUCAUUAAAGAUUUUAAGGAUAAAUCCUUAAUAUGUUAAUAUCUUUAACUUGCAUUCAAAAAUAGCCAACCUGCCCCUCAUAUCCUCAUAUCAUACGUCCUGUGAUAGAUUCCCUCAACCUCAGUGUCAUAUAUGCAAUGCGUCACCUUUUAAUUGAGACAAAAGAUGAAACAUUCAGUCCUUACAAUGACAUGAUGUCAGCUCUCCAAUCCUCCGCAGUACGAAUGUAACCCACAAGUAACCGUCCAUAUGUAUUGUACAGCUAUUUGUUUAUCGCUGUCUUAGUGCCAAAGGCUUCAUAAACCCUCCUGACUUCACUCUAUUCUGGAUGGCAAGCUGUACAAAUGGCAGAUUUAAUACAGAGGAAAAUGACAAAUUGAGAUCCGAGUUUAAGCGAUAUUUAUGAUUUGUCAGGUUAGGUCAGUGAAAAUUGGCUGGUAGUUGAAAUUGAUUUUUUUUUUUUUUUUUUUUUUUUUUUUGCAAGCCCUUAACAAAUUGUGUACCAAUAUGGAUGUUGGCAGACAAAUUGCAUCUAGUUGAUCAAACAUUAAAGGGCUCUUAUCAGAUUUCUAACGUAAAUGUAUUUGAAACAUUUCUUAAGGAGCAAAUUGACUUUUUUAUAUCUAAACAUUUACUUAAAAAAAUCUGUUUUUACUUUGAA